AUGAGCAGCGUCAACGCCGCCCGCCGCAUCUCGAACCUAACUGCCGAGCAGGCCGAGAAGAAGCGCGCCAUUGACCGCGACAACCAGCGGCAUCACCGGGCGAAGAACAAGGCCUACAUUCGGUCCCUGGAGCAGAAGAUUCUGGAGCUCACUGGCCGACUCCGCGAGGCUGAGCAGCUCAUCGAUCAUUACGAAAGUGAGAAGGCGAGCAAUGGCAAGGGGGUACCAGGGCCGUACUGGGCAACGACGCUCUCGCCGCCACCAUCCUUGGACCUCGAGCACAGCGAGCCCUCUGCAAGCAUGCACGCACCGCGAGCAGCUCCCACCGGCCAAAGGGCUCUUUACAGCCUACCUCUUGAGUUUGGCACGGGUAUUACGAUCAACACAAUCAGCCCCAGUCAGGACAUCAGGCUUCUGGACUUGGGUCUCGGCGAUGGCUUUGGAGAUUUCAGCUCCAGGAAGCUGAGCGACAGUACCACCGUAUCCCAAAGCCCUACGAGUCCAAAUCUAGCGACAGACGAGAAAUCCCUGACGCCCAAUUUCGUUCCCGACUGGCAAAGAGUGCCUCCUCAUCUGGCUCCCACGACGAAACUCGAUGAAGUGAUCAAGAAUAUCACCGAAGCGUGGAACUCUCGCUAUCAGAAGUCUGGCAAGCAGGCCGAGUUCAGUGCAUCCGUCUUUCCUAGUAUCAGCUCCCUGCUGAACCGCCCCGAUGACCUGGAACGCGACUGGGCUCGGUCGUUCUCCAACGCUGUUGCAGCUCAAGUUUUCCGUUCAACCGUCAAGACCUUGGCUGAGCGGAUUGGGUUCAUGUAUACGCUCUCACACUUGAUCCGCUGGCUGGUCUGUCGCUCCAAGGAGACAUACGAGAAGAUGCCCGUGAUGCUACGACCGACGGAGCUGCAGCUGAAGGUACCCCAUCCAGCUUGGAUAGAUGUCAUUGUGUGGCCUGAAGCGCGAAAUGCUAUCAUCAAAGAUAUGGACUGGGGCCGGUUCGAGGAGUUGAGAGAGCUGUCUGGGGCUUCGCUGACUGUGAGUUGGCCUUACGAAGACUCAACCGCCUUUAUCGAGUCUCCCGACAAACAGACCAUGCUGCUGCAUCCAGUCUUCGAGGCGCAUCUUCAGAACCCCAACAAUUGGCGAUGGGGGGAGAAGGUUGGGAAGGCAUUCCCUUUCCUUCAGCCAUUUUGCUCUGGCUGA